UAGAGCUCUUCCUCUUCGCGUCUGCAUCCGGUCUGCAGUCAUGGUGAACGUACCCAAGACCCGCAGGACGUACUGCAAAAAGUGCAAGAAACACCAGCCGCACAAAGUGACCCAGUACAAGAAGGGGAAGGACUCCCUGUACGCACAGGGAAAGAGGAGAUAUGACCGAAAGCAAAGUGGUUACGGUGGUCAGACGAAGCCGAUUUUCCGGAAGAAGGCUAAAACCACCAAGAAGAUUGUGCUGAGGCUGGAGUGUGCAGAGCCCAACUGCAGGUCCAAAAGAAUGCUGGCCAUCAAGAGGUGCAAGCACUUUGAGCUGGGAGGUGACAAGAAAAGAAAGGGCCAGGUCAUCCAGUUCUAAGCUGCUCCAUCUCGGUUUUCUAAUGGUCUUAUUGUCAAUAAAUUUAAAAAAAAAAAAAAAAGUA